AUGGCUGCAUCCACGUGCGUCUUCUCCUCCUGUUGCUACUUCCUCCCAACCGUGCGCCUGAGAAAAUCGGCGAAUCCCAUUGCGCGAAUCGGCGAGUCGGAGAAACACGCCGGCGAUUAUAGCUUUUUAAACUCUCGUAGACAGAAGACGAGGAGGAUAAGGUUUGUGGUCGGGUCGAGUUCGGGCAAGAAACCGGACGAACCAUCAUCGUCAUCGAUACCGUCUUGGAUAUACCCCAAUUCGGACAACCGCCGCCGUGGGCUACGGGAGAAGCCGCCAAAAAAUCUCACGAUUGUGGUGCUGCUGGUGAUGCGGAUUGGGUCGGUGUUCGAGUACGUCAACCAGAAGCCGGUUUUCGGGGUGCUUGACCGACAGUUAUGA